AUGAGCGGGGGGUUGGUGGCGGUGGGUGGGGGUGGUGUCGGAGGUGCCGGAGCGGAGAAAGGAGGCAAGGUGAGAUGUUCCCGCAGAUUCUGGCUUCUCUUCGGGACUCUGGUCCUGGUCUUCCUCACCUCGCUCUUCCUGUCCGUCUCACUCCGGGGAGGCGUCAGCUUCAACUACCUGGAGCCGCCCGGGUGGGAGGAGUCAAGGCGGGUGAAGUUAGUGCCCAGCUACGUGGGGGCGCACCACCCGGCGGCGCCCGAAACACCACAGCAGAAGACAUGUGCCUGUCCUCGCUGCGUCGGGGACCCCGGAGUCUCUGAUUGGUUUGACGACAACUACGACCCGGAUGUGUCUCCGGUUUGGACCCGGGACAACAUCCAGCUGCCCCCUGACGUGUACUACUGGUGGGUGAUGCUGCAGCCGCAGUUCAAACCUCACAACAUCCAGCAGGUUCUGCUCAGACUUUUCCAGGUGAUCCCUGGACGGUCCCCGUAUGGUUCCUGGGAUCCAGGACGCUGCCUGCGGUGCGCCGUGGUGGGAAACUCUGGAAACCUGCGCGAGGCCGGAUAUGGAGCCACCAUCGAUGGACACGACUUCAUCAUGAGGAUAAAUCUGGCUCCCACGGUGGGCUACGAGGACGACGCCGGCAGCCGGACCACGCAUCACUUCAUGUACCCGGAAAGCGCCAAAAACCUGGCCCCCAACGUCAGCUUCGUCCUGGUUCCCUUCAAAACUCUGGACCUGGUCUGGAUCACCAGCGCACUGUCCACAGGCCAGAUUCGAUUCACCUACGCUCCGGUGAAGCAGUUCCUCCGAGUAGACAAAGAGAAGGUCCAGAUCUUCAAUCCUGCCUUCUUCAAAUACAUCCACGACCGUUGGACCAAACACCACGGGCGGUACCCCUCCACUGGCAUGUUGGUUCUGUUCUUCGCUCUGCACAUCUGCGACGAGGUCAACGUGUUUGGUUUUGGGGCUGACAGCCGAGGAAACUGGCACCACUACUGGGAGCAGAACCGCUACUCUGGAGAAUUCAGGAAGACCGGGGUCCACGACGCUGACUACGAAGCCCAGAUCAUCCAGCAGCUGGCCAAGGCCGCAAAGAUCACAGUGUUCCCUGGAAAAUGAUCCAGAUCCAGAGGGGUCUGAAGUGUGAGGAGCGGAGCAGAAAUAGACUCUUAGAUGUUCUUCAGUUUUUCUGUUUCAGGUUGAAUCAGAGCUUCAGUGAGAGACAAAACCUCCACAGCCAGGACUCAUCAUGGUGUAAAGUCCAUCUGUGAGCUGGACCCCCACCCAGCCCCUCCACCAGCUCUGGACUCUGUCCAGUAGAAACAUUUGAGGAUGAUUUCAAAAACACAAAAUAC